UCCACACGAUCACCUUCACUACAGACAGUGUCUAAAAACAAGGAUGUAGUCCAGGCACCAGGGGUAGGGGCGUGUCACACACACCGUGUCUUACAAAGAGGAAAAAUAAGAGGUUCCCGCAAGAUGCUUGCGACUCUGGUACUUUUCAAAGCAAUGCAGCCAGGCAGCGGGCUUUCCCCCGGCCCCUCGCUCUGGAUAGGGCUGCCAUUUGCAUCCUAGCUGUGAUUUAGACGCCUCCAACCUUCUAGUUUUCAGUUACCAGAGUCCUAUCUCCGCCCAGAUCCCAGGUCUGCAUGACGUAAUUUAUUGUGGCAACCAUUCCUGGCGACUGCCCAGAAACUCAGUGCGUCCUGCCCGGGGUUUAAGCGCGGGAAGUGGGAGAGGCGGGUGGCGCCCGAGCGCAGUGGCAGGGGCGCAGGGCGCAGGAGCGCGGGACCACCGGCGCCGGAGCGCGGCAGGGAGCGCUCGCGGGGGCGCACAGCAGCCAAGCCCGCGGAGGAGGAGCGCGCGCGCGCAGCAUGGGCUGUGGACCUUCCCAACCUGCUGAAGACCGGAGACGUGUACGCGCGCCCAAGAAGGGCUGGAAAGAGGAAUUCAAGGCUGAUGUUGGUGUGCCUCAUACUGGGGAAAACUGCAGCCCCCAGAUGGAAGCUGCUCUGACCAAGAAUACUGUGGACAUUGCAGAAGGCCUGGAACAAGUCCAGGUGGGAAGCUUACCUGGAACCAUUUCAGAAAAUUCUCCAUCUCCUAGUGAAAGAAACAGACGAGUAAAUUCAGACCUAGUGACCAAUGGAUUAAUCAAUAAACCCCAAUCCCUAGAGAGUCGAGAGCGACAGAAGUCAUCAGAUAUCCUGGAGGAACUAAUUGUUCAAGGAAUUAUACAAAGCCACAGCAAAGUAUUUAGAAAUGGAGAAUCAUAUGAUGUCACGUUGACUACGACUGAGAAGCCAUUGAGAAAGCCACCUUCCAGACUAAAAAAACUCAAGAUCAAAAAGGAAGUGAAGGAUUUCACAAUGAAGGACAUCGAGGAGAAGAUGGAGGCUGCCGAGGAGCGCAGGAAGACUAAAGAAGAAGAGAUAAGAAAAAGGCUAUGGAGUGACCGACUUUUGCCUUCAGCCAAUCAUUCAGAUUCAGCUGAAUUAGGAGGGGCCGAGGUUGCAUUUGCCAAAGGACUUCAAAGAGUGAGGUCUGCUGGAUUUGAACCAUCUGACCUGCAGGGAGGAAAACCAUUGAAGAGGAAGAAGAGUAAAAGUGAUGCAACCUUGAAUGACAUAAACGAAAGUGAUGAAAGUUUUGGGGUCGUGGAGUCAGACAUGUCCUACAACCAAGCAGAUGACAUAGUCUACUAAGCCAUUUUUUGUGAAUUUCAUAAGAAAGCAUUCAUUCUCCCCGUUUGUGAAAUUUGUAGUAUGUCUCAUAAUCUUUGACUGACCUCAUUCCACUGGGAUUUCUGCCUUGGGCUUAAGAAUGAUUGUGUGGGCUGCACAGGCUGAAGGUUAGCUGAGUAAAUUAAGUAGCUAUGCUAGUUUUUAAAAAAAGAGCGAGGGGGAGACUUGACCAGCAUAGAUAUUUGGCACUCUCCUUUGUGUGGCUUCAAACAUUAUGGAGAUGUCUUUAAUUUAUAAGUGCCUUCAGUUCACAUUAAUAAGUUCGUGCCAAAUGAAAUCCUUCCUGUUUACUCCUGCCUUGUGGCGGGGUCCAUCCUCUGCUGGUCCUUUAAAACAAAUUGCAUGGAUUUGUAUUAAGUAUUUUAAUGGUUUAUAUGUUUUUUAUGCUGUAUGUCUAUGGUUUUAUAAAUUUUUUUCUCUGUGUUGUGAAGGAAUAAAGCAAUGUCUUGAA